CCCACUCCCCAUUUCCGUUUCAACCAAACCCUAACCCUAGCCCACAUCCACUGGGACGGCGACGAGAUGGCGCUCCGCCGCCGCGGUCCGCCGUCGGCGUCGGCGCCGCCUCUGGAGGACGAGAACCUCCUCGGCGAGAUCCUCCUCCGCGUCGCCCCGCUGCCCUCCUCGCUCCUCCGCGCCUCCCUCGUCGCCAAGCAAUGGGAGCGCCUCGCCGCCGCGCCCGCCUUCCACCGCCGCUUCGUCGCCCACCACCGGCAGCCCCCCAUCCUCGGCGUCUUCGGGCAGCAAGGCCGGGAGCUGGUGUUCACCUCCCUCCUCGACGCUCCCGACCGCAUCCCGCGGGAGCGCUUCUCGCUGCGGCCCGGCGACGAGAUCGAUUUCUGGGGUCUGCUCGGGUGCCGCCAUGGACGUGUCCUCUUCAUCAGCACGUUUCGUCGUGCGCUCCUUGUGUUCGACCCCGUCAACGGCGACCGCCUGUGCGUGGCAAUUCCGCUGUAUUUGGAACGGUAUGUCUUUGGUGGAGCUGUGGUCUGCGCCGCCGGCGACGACCAGGGCCACGUGCACGGAGACUGCCAUUCGAGCCCCUUUAAGGUGGUCCUGGUAGGCACCAGAGAGAACCACCCAGCCAUAGCCUGGGUCUACUCCUCCGAGACCGGCAUGUGGAGCAAUCUUGUCUUCACCACAGAACCAUGCGACGGUCUGAUUGACGUCCAUUUCCCCUGUACCCUUGUCGGCAAUGUCCUUUAUUGGUGGUUGUAUGGGCAUGACAAUGGCAUACUCGAGUUCGAUCUGCAUACCCAGACACUAGCUGUGACCGAGGGGCCUUCCCGUGUGGACAUCAACUCUAUCAACAGCCGGAUCAUCAGGGGAGAGGAUGGCGGUGUUGGCGUCGCAGUAUUUUCGUAUCUGAGCUUGAAAAUGUGGAAACGCGAGGUCAGUAGUCAGGGUAUUCACACAUGGCUGCUGCAGAAGAUUGUUGUCUUCCACAAGAUCAUUGAUCUUACACAUCAGAUCAAGGCAAGGAAGGAAGCUAUAGUGGGGUACUCAGAGGAUGCAGGUGCGGAUCUUAUAUCGGUGCCUUGCUGUUCAGGUAUCAGGACAGGGAAGGAAGCUAUAGUGGGGUACUCAGAGGAUGCUCAUGCGCUUUUUAUAAAGGUGUCUUGCUGUUCAGGACCCCAUACCUUCAUUGUUGAACUUGAGUCAAUGCAGUCCAGGAAAAUUAAUCAAAGUUUUUUGGAGAAUUCAUAUCAUCCGUUUGCAGAUUUCUUCACUGCAGGUACUGUUCGAGCGUGAAGUACUGUUCCAGUCACUGAGCCACCACAGCGUACUGUUCCAGCCGUUGAGCCACCACAGCUGCGGGGUGGUCACAUGAUUCAGUUGAUCAAUAGGUUUUCUUCAGCAACCAGUCAUAUGUUGAUGAUUUGACAUGAUACAGAGUUUUAAAUUCAUCUCCUAUAUGAAGACCGGAGAAAAAAAGUCAAUAGUUGAAUCACUUGAUCAUACUGGUUGAAUCGGAGAACAGGGGGCAGGUAAGCACUAGGUGGUAAGAAAACUAGGUGAGUAGGGGAGGGAGGCACUACCACGGACAUUCUAAUUUAGAUUUUAUCAGUCCUCACUAUGUGGUAAUAGAACACCAGUAAAACAUGUUAUUGCCUGAUAUUUUGUCUGAUAUUUUGAGCUGCCUUUUUUCAUUGCCUGCUAUUUUGUGCUGCCUUUUUUUUAACAACAUUGGUUAUUUGGCAGAUGCACAGUGUGCCGUUUAAUGAGGCGGGAUCUUGCACUGUGGUUUUACCGGUCAGCCAUUGCUCUUUUAUUCUUUUCCCUUUUUGUGCUGGACCCAUUUUCAGUGCCUUCCUCCCUGUUUUGAAGUUUCAUUUUUUUUUCUCUUUUGAAGGAUAUUGCGGGAUGUUUAAGCAUGGAAGAUUCGCUAGUUUUUUCAAUCUACAUUUUUGACCUUUUUUGGAGCAACCGGCGGGAGCUCUGCCUUUUCAUAUAGAAGAGGAAAAUUGGCUGCUUAUAAGGAAAAUUGGCCAGCUUAUAAGGAAAAUUUGCUGUAAACCGGUACAAUUGAGCCAUGCAAACCAGCCCCGAGGCUGUACCCAAGCGAGCCGACUUUUCUACCAUCCAAGCAACCAUAAUCGACACCCAACAACACAACUUGGAGCCACCACUCCGGCUUACAAACCAUCACAAUUGUCCACACACCAAACGAGUCGAUGACUUUGCCAUCCAAGUGAUCACAUACCAAAUGAGUCGACGACUCUGCCAGCCCAAUGACCAGACUCAAUACCAUACAUCACAAAGGCGAUCUCCGGAGCCACCGCUUCAGCCUCCACACCGGCCCCGAGGCUGUGCACUUGCCUAGUUGACGCCAAAGCCGUGGGACAACCUCAACCAUUGUCAUCUGGUAGAAGACUGGACCUCCAAAGCUGAUGCCCCAAGGGGGAAGUGAUGCGAACGCCGUCGACACCCGCUCGGGGCCUAGUCAGAGCUUGAGUUUUCACUCGAAGAGCUCGAGAUCCAAAUGACGAGGGAGGUGAAGGGGCUCCACGACGACAUCUCCAAGGAGGAGAACAACGUUGAGGACGCCGUUGUCGCUGGCAUUGUUAGAAGUCAGUGCCAGGCUUUCCCCUGGAGUUCACCAUACACUUGUCGCCGGUCAUCUUCAACACAACAAUAGCUAUGGAACCCAAACAACUUGUCGCCGACAACAACCAACUUAGUGACAAACCAAUGCAAUAACUUGAACCGCAGUGGCCAUCCCCGAACCACCCAUGUGUGAGUUCUGCUACGCUGCCAUCUUCCGUCCACGGCACACCAAGGAACGACACCAUGGGCGCCGACAUGUUGGCACCAACAACAACCAGUGUUGGUGCCCUGCCGCCCGGGGGACCCUCGACACUGCGAAACAACCAUCGCAUCCGGAGCCGCCACUCGAGCUUCCAUGUACACCGCAACUCUCCAGGUCUAGAGCAAGACCACUCCUGCAGCCUGCUAUGGUGACAGACUGCGCCUGGCCGAUCCAGGAGACAAAGGGCAGAUCCAGAGCAUCAUCAGCGACCCAGCGACCCCUCCCUGGCUGCCGCCACACAGCCCACACAACCUCCUAGGGCAGAUCCGGGCAUGGGAGCCUAGGUUCGGCGAGGGUCGACAGGACUGCCACACCACCCUUGUGGCUAGGAUAGUCAACCUCCCGCAGCCGAGCAUGGGCGCCGAAGUGCACCACCCUGACCAUCACCUGAGCUUCCGCCUCCCUCGCAUGUGGCCGUCUGGCGAGCUCGUCCCGGGGCCGCUGCUCUGCACGCGCUAGUCCGAGCAAUGCCACACCAAACCGCGGGCCGACCACCAGAGCCUACCAACGAGAGAAAGAACUCCCCAGCACCUUUGGUAGUAGGGCAUGCUGCCACCAUGGUGGAGGCCGGCAGCAGCGGCAGCGAAUGGGAGAGACCGGAGCUGGGGGCGCUAGGGUUGUCGCCUAGGGAGCGACGCGAGGGGAAACACAGAUUUCCCCUGGUGAUAUCUGGACUCCCUUUUUAUUUUAGUUCUUUUAUUUUUUAUUACAGUCUAUUCUUGUGUCAUUUUUCCUUCUUUCCAUGGAUUCUUUGGUCAAGAAUUUGUCUUGUAUUUUUUUAUUUUUACUUGAUUGAACGUGGAUGCGAUGAAAGAAGAAAUUGAAUUAGACUACUUUCUUACUAUUUCAAUUUACUAAUCUGUUCUAUGUAGAUUUGAAGAUAAUACUACAAUCUAGCACACUUUACGACUCCAACCAGAUCCUUUCAUUUAAGACAUGGUUUUUUUGUAUUUAAUCCCUUCGUUUCUUCAGUGAUUAAUUGGAAUUUCAAUUAAUCAUUUUGGCUGACUACUUUUACAUAAGGAUGUUGCAAGUUAACAUACCCAAUCACUGGACUGCAUUAUUAAUUGUUGGUUAUGUUGCUCUUUUUUCAUGAUUGUUGCCUCCUGGCUUACUGAUAUUUUUUCAAAUUUUGUUGUGCCUAUGUGCUCAAGUGUACGUAGCCUAAAAACUUUAGUGUGCAUUAUUUCCUUCUUUCCGUGUGCCAUGCAAUCUAACCUUUGUGAACCGAAAACUCUCUAGUCGGAGAGGGCAGCUAGCCCUAGGUGCUGUCAUGGAGAAGAAUUACCCCGGAGGCCACCACCAAUUGGAAGGGUCGAGGUUAUCAGGAUUUUUCUUUGAGAUGGUUCAAGGUGUCAGGUUGGUAAUGAGAAACAAUCUGUGAAUUUCAUUGCAGGCUCUUGCAAACGGUAUGAACGAACGAUUUAAAGUGAAGACAAUCUGCUGAGAGUUAUCAACAAUCAGAGAUCAAGAACGUUCAAGGGAAAUGUUAGCUGCUGCUUUUGGUUUAGUUCCACACUAGCCCUUCUUUUUGCUAAUAUGUACUCCCUCUAAAGAAAUGCAAGAGUGUUUAGAUCACCACUUUACGGAGGUUCAAGGGAAAUGUUAGCUGCUGCUUUUAUAUUUCUUUACGGAGGGAGUACGUAAUACUCUUUUUUUUUCAAAAAAAUUUGUAACUGUAAUACUCUUGAUGAAUGAGGAGAUGAGGUCUUGCUGUUACACAAAUGUAAACUGAAAGCUAGAACUGGCAAUUAUCCUUUUUA